UUUCGCCCCACGUGGCUUCCCGUUCAGUCCCACGUGGUUCCUGUCACACCGACACGAGCCGUGAAGACGACGAUGAUGCUGAGGUUACCGCGACUGCUGGCGCUGCAGCAUGCAGUGCGUGGAGCGCUGCAUGCUGCACGUCCCCUGCUGUGUGGCGCAGGGCCCGGGCCGGGCUCCCCGCGUUGGGCCUCCUCGCUGCCCAUGAACACGGCCGUGCUGUUCGUGCCCGAGCAGGAGGCGUGGAUCAUCGAGCGCAUGGGACGAUUCCACCGCGUACUCCGGCCGGGUUUGAAUCUUCUGAUCCCGAUAAUCGACAGAAUAAAGUACGUGCAGAGCUUGAAGGAAAUAGUCAUCGACAUUCCCGAGCAGUCUGCCAUCACCCUGGAUAAUGUUACACUACAACUGGAUGGUGUGUUGUACCUCCGCAUUAUGGACCCGUUCAAGGCGAGCUACGGCGUCGAGGACCCCGAGUACGCCGUGACCCAGCUGGCUCAGACCACCAUGCGCUCCGAGCUGGGCAAGAUCGCGCUGGACAGCGUGUUUAAGGAGAGGGAGUCUCUGAACGCCAACAUUGUGGAGGUGAUUAAUGGGGCGGCCGAGGUAUGGGGCAUCCGUUGCCUCCGCUACGAGAUCAAGGACAUGGAGCUGCCAACGCGCGUCAAGGAAGCCAUGCAGAUGCAGGUGGAGGCCGAGCGGCGCAAGCGAGCCGUGGUGCUGGAGUCGGAGGGCAUUCGCGAGUCCGACAUCAACGUGGCUGAGGGCAAGAAGCGCUCGCGCAUCCUCGCCUCGGAGGCUGAGAAGGCGGAGCAGAUCAACCAGGCAGAAGGCCAAGCGUCCGCAAUGGUGAAGAAAGCCAUUGCAAAGGCGGAAGCCAUCACGCGGCUGGCAGAGGCCCUCACGGAGCAGAACGGCAACAUGGCCGCGUCGCUGAGCGUGGCGGAGCAGUACGUGGCGGCGUUCUCCAACCUGGCCAAGGACAGCAACACCAUCAUGCUGCCAGCCAACACCGGGGACGUCGGCAGCAUGGUGGCGCAGGCGAUGGGGAUCUAUCAGAGCCUGGGCUCUUCCAGCCUGGUCCAGACGAACCCCAGGAAGCAGAAGAGCGAGCGCCGACCAGAGCCCUCGGAUUCCUUCGCUGGUGGCAGCAGUGGAAGCGGCAGCGUCAGCGGCAGCUAGAGCCUGCCGGAAGGCAGCAUCCACAGCUUCCUUCCCUCGGCGCGUGUGACCGCCCCUCCACCCUGCGCCUCCACGCACCCGUCUGGCGCUCCACCUCCGCACACUGGGACCGACUCAUCAUGAUGCUGAAGCGGCGCAGGCUUCGUACGCGUCACCCGGCCCGUACUGUUUGUGGCAGCACUCCAAUCCUGUUCUGAGAGGCGUCAAUUAGAGCAACGAGAGACAUUUGUGCAACCACCAUGCAGCACUUGGCGUGCUACCACAGCUUUCUUCACAAUGAGAACAUAACCCUUCCGGCUCGCUGUGGGCCCUGUCGGAACAUGAUAAUAGCUGAAUAGAUUCAUUAAAAAAAAAAUUCCCUUGAAGAGCAAUUGUUUCAAUAUUUCUAACUAAAUAAAGAUACGUUCUUGCUUAAUCUGCAUUUGUGUUUAAGAGUCCUUAACAGUGCGGUACUGACCAAUUCAGCCCUGAAACCAAUUCAGCCCCUGAAAGUGCCUUUCCCAGUGAUAGCUUGCGUGUUCUGUCCUCUACAAGCAAGAGUAGGCUCUAAAUUUCAAACUGGUUUUCAUACAGACAUAAAGGAUCGGUGUAUUCUGAUACUAAUCAAGUCAUUGUCAUUGCUGUUCACAUGUUAACGAUACAUUGAACUUCUUUUGACUUGUUUCCACGACCAGUCUUAAGUGGGCCAGACCGAUGUGAGCUGUGCUCUGUGCUUGAGCGUACUUUAGUCCUGUGCGUUUCCAUGGCAUCACAAGCGAGUUGGGAAAAUAGGACGUGGGAUGGCCACACGCACCUGGGCUGACUUCGUAAAUAAAUGGACGUGAUUUAGCGCCUCCGAUUAGCACGGUUGGCUACGUACGGUGCGAAAGAAGUUCAACAUACAUUUUUUCAUCUGGCACAGACACUAAAGCAUGUAAACACAACACAGAAUAAUCAUAGAUUUAUAAGUGAAACAUCACAAUCUACACGUGUCUAUCGCCCUUAGAUUUAGUAUCAAUGUUUUGACACAUUUCUGACCACUGCUCUCCCACCCAGACAUCUCCCUAUGGGGGGCGCAGUGGUGCAUGGCUAUUGGGAUGUCGCCAGUUAAAGAGCAGAGUUCUACUCCAGAAUGGCUCUGCACUGCGUGGGAAAGAAAGUGUUGGAGGGACCCGGUGUGGUGACGUCGAUUAUUUUGUUAACUUCCAAUGUGUUUUGUUUAAUCUCUCCGAUUUUAUGUUUCCAGCUGUUUUUGUAUUUGUAUUGGCCUUACAAAACGUAAGGUUUAUGCGUAUGUUGGUGUAGUAAACUGUCUUACGGAC